AUAAGAAGAAGAAGAAGAAGAAGUUUUUGCAUUUGUCGUAGUUUCACACGUGUCCGCUGCGUGAGGUUGAAACAUAUUUUGGAGUAGGGUUAGAAGUGCAACACAAGGUUUUCAGGCUGUUGUUUCAUCAUCGCUAAUCUUCAGUCGACAUGAAGCCAGGUUUCAGUCCUCGUGGAGACAGAGGAGGAAGAGGCGGAGGGCGUGGUGGCUUCAGAGGUGGCUUCGGUGACCGAGGGGGGCGAGGAGGAGGAAGAGGUGGAGGAUUUAAGUCCCCAGAUGGUGGAGGAUUCCGUGGCCGUGGGGGUGGCAGAGGCACCCCAAGGGGAAGAGGAGGCAGAGGAGGGAGGGGAGGUGGCGGCAGAGGAGGCUUUGGAGGAGGGAAAAGGGUCUUGAUCGAGCCACACAGACAUGAAGGUGUCUUUAUCUGCAGGGGGAAGGAGGAUGCCCUGGUGACCAAAAACAUGGUGGUGGGAGAAUCGGUGUAUGGCGAAAAAAGAAUGAGCGUUGAGGAAGGAGAGAUGAAAAUCGAGUACAGAGCCUGGAAUCCUUUUCGCUCCAAGCUGGCAGCUGCCAUUUUAGGAGGAAUUGACCAGAUCCACAUCAAACCUGGAGCUAAGGUCAUGUACCUGGGGGCUGCUUCUGGCACCACGGUGUCCCACGUUUCAGACAUUGUUGGACCAGAGGGGCUCGUCUAUGCAGUGGAGUUCUCCCAUCGAUCAGGUCGUGACCUUCUUAAUGUGGCAAAGAAACGCACCAACAUCAUUCCGAUCAUUGAAGACGCCAGGCAUCCACACAAAUACCGGAUGCUCGUUGGUAUGGUGGAUGUGAUUUUUGCUGAUGUGGCCCAGCCUGACCAGACAAGGAUUGUUGCUUUGAAUGCUCACAAUUUCCUGAAGAAUGGAGGACACUUUGUUAUCUCAAUAAAGGCCAAUUGUAUAGACUCAACAGCAGCUCCAGAGGCAGUUUUUGCCUCUGAGGUGAAGAAGAUGAGUGCUGAGAACAUGAAGCCACAAGAACAGCUCACUCUGGAGCCCUACGAGAGGGACCAUGCUGUGGUGGUGGGCAUCUACAGACCUCCACCUAAACAGAAGAAAUGAUGUGUGGAACAUGAACAGAAGGCAACCAACCAUCAAUGUCAAGCUGAACAAAAUCGCUUUUAAGUCAACCUCCGUCUACCUGACAGACGUGCAUUUGUUGAGACAUUUCUAGGCAAUUUCAGUUUUUUGAUAGUCAGCUAUAACUUCAAGUUUGUCAUUAUGUAACACACUCUGUAUAUAAAUUGAUGUAAAGUAUAAUUUGCCCCAUCUCUCUUUACACCUUUUUAAAAUCUAAUAUUUUUUUUAUAAGACUGUAUAAAAUACUUUGGCAAACAAAUACACUGAAACCUAAACGUAAUGGAGUUAGACCAUAAAUGACAUUUGAAAUGUACGUAAACCAUCAUCAUCUGCAUUCUUUUCCAAGUCUACAUGCAAUGUUGUAAAGAAUGAGGCAUUUAAGGUCUGACAAAAAAAACUUUAUUUGCUGGACUUGGAUUAUUUUUGUUUCCCCAGCAGUUGCUGACAUAUCUUGUAGAUGAGGCAUAGGCAGGCGAAUAGUUCUGGCAGCACUUUGUGCAGUUUUCAUCACUAACUACUAAUGUAGUUAUAUCUUUACUCCAAACCAGUGUGCCUGCAGUAAUGAUAGUUUUAUAAUUGGUGAAAUUGCUGCUGUUGGCUAGAUUAGAUAGGUGUGUACAAGUAGAACAGUCUUCUGUGAAGUCACCUUCUGAAUUCUUCUGGAAUGUUUGUCAAGAGUUCAGCUGUGAUAAACUAAUGUCUUUUAGUGUACACUGUUUAUUAGAAAUUGAAGGCAAAUCCUUUAGAAAAAAAAA